AUGGACGGAGGGAGAUUGGCGGCCGUCGUUUCUGAUCCACCGCCGUCACCGUCAAAUUUUCCUCGCGAUAUCCUCGUGGAAAUUCUGAAAAGGCUCCCGGCAAAAACCCUCAUGAAAUUCAAGUGCGUUUCGAAAGAUUGGUUUAACCUAAUACGCGACCCUUCCAUGGCAGAAUCUCACUUUAACCACGCUCGAACCCGGCCCGACGCCUCGCACCUUCUGUUCGCCUUCUUCGCCAUGGACAACCAAAUACAGACAAUUUUCCCGACCAACAAGAAUCUUUUCUUAAGUUCGCAACUCCCGUCGCACAUUUUUGACGAGGAUUUUCAACCUUGCUCUAACGUUGUCAACGGCCUUGUUUGCGUCUGUUCAGUCCGGUCCAUGCAGCCACGUGUUUGGGUGCUCAAUCUCACCACCACGGAGAAGAAAGCCCUCCCGCUCCCACCAAGCUUGGCCGCUAAGAAUUAUUAUUGUGUGCCAAAUUUCUGCCGAAGCAUAUUCUAUCUAGGGUUCGAUUCAGAUCCAGUCUCAAACAAGUACAAAAUUCUCCACAAUUACAACGAGGCGUACGAGGUGCUCACGUUGGGAACCCAAACCUGGAGGCAGGUACGAGGAAACCCGGCCGCAGACAUUGGCAUCUCUCUGAACGGUCGGGAAGGUUUCAUUUUUCAAGGAAUCGGACACGAAGGUAUGGCUUCCAUUAAUGGCAGAAUUUAUAUCAAAAACUUAAAGGAGGAGGUUAUAUCAUUCUUCGAUUUGAAGGAGGAGAAAUUCGGAGAAGUGGAUUUCCCAGAAAGUAUAGAGGGCGUUAACCGUUACACGGAUUUAGCCGACUUUGGAGGGAAAUUAGCGGUUGUGGUCGGAAAACAUGAGAUUGUGAGGCAACUCCGAAUUUGGAUUUUGGAAGACUACGAUAACAAUUAUUGGGUUGAGAAGAGAUUAACACUACCAAAUUAUAAUAAUCAUCUUUACGUGGAAUUCAUGGGUGUUAUAGAUAAUGACAAGGUAAUAGUUAACUGUAAGAAAAGCAGCUGUUUUGAUGUAAGCCCUAGUUAUUUUUUAUAUUAUGAUUUGAAGACGUUGGAACGUACUAAGAGGAGUAUAAUUAUGAUGCAGCCACACUAG